AUGAUUAGAAACGUUAGAAAUAAUCGAAUAUUUAAUACAAAAUGCAUAACACAGUAUAUAAACUAUUCAUCAACGGACAAACCAAAGGUCGAUUUGCACCAAAGAAGAGAAGAGUUGAUGAAAAGGGGCCUACCUAAACAAAAACCAAUAGAAGGAGUUAAGAACAUCAUUCUAAUAUGUUCGGGCAAAGGCGGCGUUGGUAAAAGCACAGUCUCAGUUAAUUUAGCAACUGCAUUAAAAUUAGCAAAUCCGAAUAAAGAAAUCGGUUUACUCGACACAGAUUGUUUCGGUCCCUCCAUACCGCUAAUGAUGAAUCUUCGAUCGAAACCUUACGUUACUGAUGAUAAGAAAUUGGCACCUCUGUUGAAUUACGGAGUUAAAUGCAUGUCUGCUGGAUUUCUUGUAGAAAAAGAUGCCCCGAUUAUUUGGAGAGGUCUACGAGUGAUGCAAGGCAUGGAGACGCUCAUUAGACACGUUUCUUGGGGUAGCAUAGACUAUUUAAUUGUAGACACGCCGCCUGGAACUGGAGAUACAUUGUUAAGUUUGAUUCAAAACAUACCCAUUAAUGGUGUUAUUCUAGUCACUACACCUCAAUCAGCGGCACUGGAAGUAACUAAAAAAGGUGCUGGUAUUUUCAGUAUCGUCAAAAUACCUAUUAUUGGUUUAGUAGAAAAUAUGGCGUAUAUUGAUUGCCCGUCGUGCUCUACAAAAAUUAAUGUAUAUGGAAAGGGUACUGAAAAAUUGGCUGAAGAGCUCCAAUGUAACUUACUAGGAACCUUUCCGUUACACCCCGUUAUAUCCAAAAGUACCGACGAAGGAACUCCGGUGACUGUCACUGACACUUCGAGCGACUUGAGUAAAACAUACCAAGACAUUGCAAGAAAAGUAACGCAUUUUAUAGAAAACGAAAAAAGCUAUGUUAAAUAA